UCAUCCUCUUCUUUCUACUUCUUUAGUUUGUUUAUCUUCAAGUACAACACUGAGGAGAAGAAAAGCCAUAUAUAAGAACCUUGAAACAUGGGAGAAAUCGGAGAAUCAUCAGAUCCACCAUUCGAGGAGGCAUACAAGAAACUUUUUGACGAAUUUAAUUACGCGCCGAGAUUAAGCAGCGAAGUGGACGAGGUUAUAGCGGUGGACGAAAGGGAGCUUCCAUUGAUUGAUCUUGAAGAGCUUAGCCGAGGAGAAAUGGCAAGAGAGGAGUGCAAGAACAAGAUCGCGAGAGCUUCUCAGGAGUGGGGUUUCUUCCAGGUGGUGAACCACGGAAUUCCACGGGAGAUAUUGGAGACGAUGAGGAAAGAAGAAGUGAAGCUGUUCAAGAGGCCGUUCAAGGAGAAGGCUAUGGCGGACAAAGAAUUCAACUUCUCGGAGGGGAGUUACCGGUGGGGAUCACCGUCAGCUUCGCGCGUGAGAGAGUUGUCUUGGUCGGAAGCUUUUCACGUCCAGCUCAGCGAUAUCUACGCCGACGGCGGCAACCACCACCUCAGCUCAAUAAUGCGACAGGUGGCGAUACCGUUGUACGAGCUAGGGCAAAAGUUGGCCGCAAUCUUGGCGGAGAAGGUGGGCUCCAGCCCGACAUACUUUCAAGAAACAUGUUUGCUGACCCACUCUUACAUUCGAAUGAAUCGAUAUCCUCCACGCCCCAUCUCCUUCCACAGCCUCGGCUUGAUGCCUCAUACGGACAGCGAUUUCCUCACCAUUCUUCACCAGGAUGACGUGCCUGGAUUGCAGCUUGUCAAACAUAGAAAAUGGGUGUCCGUUAAACCCAAUCCAGAUGCACUCGUUAUCAACAUUGGUGAUUUGUUCGAGGCGUGGAGCAAUGGGAUUUACAGAAGCGUUGAGCAUCGGGUUGUUACUAAUAGUACGAGGGAGAGAUUCUCGACGGCUUUUUUCUUGUGUCCAUCGUAUGAUACAGUGAUUAGCUCUUCUUUUGAGCCUCGUUUAUACAGGAGAUUUACUUUUAAGGAGUUCAAGGAGCAAGUCCGAGAGGAUGUAAAAAAAAUUGGUCAUAAAGUGGGACUUUCUAGGUUUCUUGUUGUGACUGAUCAUUCAUGACUUAAUUACAAUUUUGCCCGACUAGCUAUUGAUCCAUUCAAAUUUGCAUGUUUUCGUCAAAAUAGGAAUCAAAUGAGAUUGAUAUUCAAUGUCCGAAGACUUAUAAUUAAGUGACAUGUAGUAUAUUAAAAAUGUACUUUUUAUUACGGUCCACACAAUAAUUUGCCUAACAACUUGUUGGGUUCAAUUUUAUUCCUGUAGAAGAUGAAAAGGACUUGGGCUUAUCUUAAUAAGCUAAGGUUUUGAAUCAA